AUGAGUGCUCUAGAGCUCCGGAAUCAAGGAAAUAGGCUGUUUGCCGCUCGCAAAUACGACGAUGCUAUCACCUGUUACACCAAGGCUAUCAUCAAGAACCCAAACACAGCCCUAUUUUUCACAAACCGAGCAUUAUGUUAUCUCAAGUUACGACAGUGGGAGAAAGCUCUUCUGGAUUGUCAGAGGGCUCUGGAAAUCGAUCGGUCAUGGGUGAAAGGUCAUUUCUUCAUGGGCCAGUCAUAUUUUGAACAAGGUCUGUACGAUGAAGCAAUUGCCGCAUUGAAGCGAGCGCAUGAGUUGGCUAAGGAGCAGAAGCUGAAUUUUGGCGAUGACAUCACGAGUGCCCUGAGGGUGGCCAAGAAGCGCAGAUGGAACCUGAUCGAGGAGAAGAGGAUACAGCAGGAGAUAGAUCUGCAAUCUUACUUAAACAGGCUUAUCACAGAAGACAAGGAAAGAAAAAUUGACUCCUUGAAGAAUGACUCAGGAAUGGCCAGUUCCGAAGAUGUGGAAGCAAUAGUCGAGGAUGCUGACAAGAGAAUAGCUGAAGUAAACAGUUUGUUUGCACAGUUGGAUGACAGAAGAAAAAAACGAGACGUGCCUGAUUACCUCUGUGGGAAGAUCAGUUUUGAGAUCAUGAGGGAGCCUGUGAUUACACCCAGCGGCAUCACCUACGAUAAGAAAGACAUCAUUGAACACCUUCAGAGAGUGGGACAUUUUGACCCGGUGACCCGAACAGACUUGACGCAGGAACAGCUGAUUCCCAAUUUUACCCUGAAAGAGGUUAUCGACACUUACCUAGAGGAAAACCCCUGGGCUGAGGAGUAUUAG